AUGACAGUAAUCGAAUCGGAGGCUCAUCAAAGACGGAGGGAAAUUGCCGCUUCUUUAGCAAAAGAAGAAGCGACCCUCAAGGCGAUCGAAGAGUCAUUGGUCGCAGCUGAUGAGAUGACAAAAUCGAUGGAGAGCAUUCUUUCCAACUUUGGCAGCCGACUUGGCAAGCUUGAAAACGCCGUUGUUCCAAUUCACCGACAGACGAAAGAUCUCCAACGACUGCAAGACAACACGGAAAACGUCCUUGCCGCGAUUGACAAAGUAGUGGGCUACCAUCACGUGGCAAAGCGACAACGCGACGUCGUCGGCAAAGGCGUCCAGGAAAGCCUGACGAAGUAUUUGGAAUCGUUGGCGGAUGUGCAAAUGGCAGUCGAUUUCUUCGCCAAAAACAACCCAGAUUCGCCGGAGCUCAAUCACGUGCGCGCCUUGUUCGACAAAGGAAAAGACAAAAUCGACGAGUUUUUCCAGCAGCAAGUCAGGCAAUCCUCAAAAGUGCCUUCGCCCGAAACAAUCUUUGAAUUCCUUGGAACUCAGAGCGAAGGUCCCCUUGGCCCUAGAAUCGCUUCGUCAGAAGGGCCGAAGCCAGUGCCAAUUGCGGAGUUUGAACCUUCUGUUACGGCGGAUUUGGUCAAGGCGGCAAAUUGGAUGGUCAACGAGGCGAAGUACGAAACAUUCGUCCUUCAUUUCGGCCAAAUCAGAGGCAAUAUCCUCCAUCAAGCGCUUUCGCAGUACAAAGAGUUCAUCCGGGUCAAUGGCUCGGGCUCCAUCAAUUCGAAAGGACGAACGCUUACUGGAAGAAAGUCUCUGACCAGAAAGCAAAGUUCCAUUCUGAUUCGAAAUCAACAAGCUUCGAAAAGGCGCGACCGUGGAGGAGCUCGAGGCGACGACGACUCAAUCGAUAGUGAAAUCGAACCCUUUGCUCAAACCAUUUUUGCUUUUACCCGCCUUGCCGAAAAAGAGGUCACAUUGCUGAAGACGAUUCUACCAGAGCAUUCCUACAAGAAAGUUUUCGAUUUGAUAGUGAACGUUCCUUUGGACAGCAUUGGGCAGGACUCGAAACGCUUCGUGCAGCACGUCAAAGAAUGUCAAGUGAAGAAAGACUAUCCGGGAAUUUUGGCCGUGUUCCCAACCGUCCAAAUGCUCAAAAAAGAACAGCCGGAGAUCCACAAGAAAGCGUUGAAAUACUGCAACGACGAGAAUCGCCACAUGUUCGGAAAGCUGAUUCGCGACAUUGAAAUGGCAGGCGCAAAUGCACUUGACGCGUUUGUCGAUGGGAUCAAGUCGGAUUCCAAGAAGACGGACGAGAACUUGCCGAGAGAUGGCACUGUUCACCAAAUGACUUCAGACGCGCUUUUGUUCAUCGAACAAUUGCAGAGCUUCCCAGAAGUGGCAGGUGGAAUGAUUGCCACUAAGAAAAGCGAUGGAAGUGCCUCCGCUGCUCAAGCAAAACGCGCCUUUGGCGAGUACAUUUCAAAAUGCUGUUCUGCCAUCGUCGCGUCUCUAGAACUAAGAGCGCGAAAUUACGAAGAUCCAGCUCUGAAAGGCCUCUUUUUGAUGAACAACUUCAACUUUUUGAUCAACCGACUGAGGAAGACAGAAGUUUACGGCAUUGUCGAGCAGUUCGAUAAAAGCAUCAUUUCUGGCUUCCAAAGCUCGAUUGUUGACCACAAAAGUGCGUAUGUAAAUGGCUGGAGCAGAGUUGUCCAGCACUGUUCCAUCGACGGCGUGGAUUUAUCCGACCAUAAGCUCCGAGAGAGGGAGAAAAGCAUCGUCAAGGAUCGAUUCAAAGGAUUUAAUGCAGAAAUCGAAGACAUUGUCACCAAGCAUCAAAGAUGGUCCGUGCCCGACGAUCGUCUUCGCGACCAGCUGAGAAACGAAGUCAUCGAAUACGUCCAGCCGCACUUCUCCGUCUUCCUCAAAACCUUCAAGUACAAGGAAUUCACGACGAAAGUGAACAAAUACAUCAAAUACACCGAGCAAACGCUGGAAGACGAAAUUCGCAAAAUCUUCGACCGCGAAGCAUGA